GAGUAGGUGUUUCAACUUUUGACCUGUACUGUACAAUGUUGUAACCUACAAGGCCUCAUGUUUUACCCACUUUGCCUUGCUUUGUUGUUAGUAUGUCUUCAAUGUCAGAAGCAGACUCCCGCUGUAAACCGGGAGACACCAUCUGUAAUAUCCGUGUGUACGAGCAAGAAGUGAUCAUCGUGCCCAUCCUCCUAUUGGCUAGCUUCCUGGUCAUGCUGGUCUUCAUCAUCCUGCUACGGUACUGUCCUGAGAAGGUGGACCGCAUCCGACCACAGAACACUGUGGCCACGUCCAGAUCACAGCGCUCCAGAAGACAACUGCACGGCAUUGAUGCUCCCCUGGGUAUCAACCCCCUGGAACAUGAGACUAUUGCUCUCGAUACCCCCUCCUACUCUACCUUCUCCCCAACUCACUCCCACCCCUCCUCAAACUGUCUCUCCUUCUCUGUGAGGACUCCCUCUCUCCCCCCUAUCCCCCCACCCAAGACCUUCAUCCCAUCCUCCCUGUCCAGCCCCCUGCCCCAGGCGUUGACACCUUCCUUCACCCCUAUGGUCCAGCCCAGGGAGCUGCCUCGCCAGAGGCUGCCAGAGUCCUUCAACCUAGUGGCCUCGCUGCCCGCAGCCUUCUCCCUGCGCUCUGACAAGGCUGUCUCCCUCUACAGGGCCCGCAUGGACAACAGGAACGCUGUGCUCCGAGUGCUCAACGACUCUGCGAGCGCCACAGAGAGGCACAAUUUCCUGGGCUUUGCUUCCUUCUUGUCCCAGCUGGGGCCACACCCCUUCCUGCCGGAGCUCCUGGGCGUGGUUUCUCUGCGUGUGCCCCUAGUUACCGUUGUUGAGGAGCUAGAGAACAGAGAUCUGCUCAGCUUCCUGUGGCGGUGCAGACAGGUAGGAACCACAUUACCCAUGAGNUCUUAA